GUUCUUUGGCAAUGUUGCUCUCUGGAAGGAGGCCUCCCUGACUAGUACCUUUGAUGUAAACUCUGCUGCGUAUCAAGCUAUUGACGGGGUAUGGCCUGAGGCAGGUAGUAACGAUCGCUGUGCCCAGACCAACCUCCAAUGGGCUCCACAGCUAUUUAUAGAUUUAAAACAAGAACACUAUGUCGACCAUGUCGUUUUACUAAGUCGUGGAGAUGUUGGAAUUAGUCAUGGUUUUGCCUUAUCGAAGAUAAAUAUUUGGGUAGAUGGUUCUCACUGUGGGUAUUUUGAGGGUCCAGCGGAGCCUGGAACUAAUGUCACAAUUGUCUGCAGUGGGUGUUAUUUUGGAAAAGUUGUCGCCGUAUCAGCUUGGGAUGGUAUCUCGUCACGAUAUCUUUCGGUUUGUGAAGUUAUGAUCAUCGGACUAAGAAAAACGUGAUUAUCGUUUUCUUAUUACAUACAACAACCUUGUAUCCAUUUUGAUUUAAUCAUGAAAAUCAACUGGACGUUGACUGCAAACGGGCUAAAAAUAACUUCAUGUAUAUGAAAUGUACAUACGUGUAGAUUAAACACAACUCA